AUGUAUAAUAAAGGUUCAGAACAACUAGUUGUAAACUAUUCUGUACAGAACCCACCCUACGGAGCAGUUAUUCUAUCAAGCAUAUCGAAAUACCUACAGAAAUCUGAUUCUUCCAAAGUAGUUUUUAAUUUAGAUAACAAGUUGCAAAAUAAUGAGUUCUCACUAAACGGGGAUAAGUUUAAUGAAGUUGAUUUGUUGAAAAACCUUUGUUCUGUGCUUCCAUAUUGCGAUAAACUGCUAGAUGUUGUAAACAACUCAGAGCUGGAAUAUUGGUUUAAAGUUUUAUUAUCAGAAAAAUCAAAAUUAGCGGAAAAUAAAGGAAAUUUUACAGAAAAUGAUAGUUAUUUGGAAAAUAUGAAUAAACAUUUGGCACAAAGAACGUAUUUAAUAGGCCAUAGAUUAUCUUUAUCAGAUAUUUUACACUUUAGCCUGCUAAGAAGAACAUGUAAUGUAAACUCCCUUAAGAAUAAGUACCCUCACCUGGCAAGAUGGUAUAACUUCAUUUCAAAUGUACCAGGAACUUCAGGAUGCUUAAAUGGAUAUGAAACACCGUCAAGCGCAACAUAUAAAAAGCCAUUUACAAAACAAGAACAACAAGAUAACUCAUACAAAGGUGUCCUUAAAGGAGCAAAGGAAGGUUGCGUUGUCACCAGAUUCCCUCCAGAACCGUCGGGAUAUUUGCAUAUUGGACACGCAAAGGCGGCACUGCUCAACUUCUACUUUGCUCAAAAGUACAGGGGGAAGAUGCUUGUACGAUUUGAUGAUACAAACCCAUCUAAAGAAAAGGACGAAUACGUGGACUCCAUUAUGGAGGACCUGGAGAGCUUGGGAAUUAAAUAUGAUGAAUUGAGUUACACUUCAGACUAUUUUGACACGUUCCAAGAAUACGCAGUAAAGUUAAUAAAAAAAGGCUGUUGUUAUUGCGAUGACACAGACGUUGAAACGAUGAGGAAACAGAGAGGAGAAGGUGUUGAGUCUUUAGCAAGGAACAACUCAGUUGAGAAAAAUUUAGAACUGUUUAGUGAAAUGCUUAAGGGUAGUGAGGUUGGAGUAAAAAAUUGUUUAAGGGCAAAGAUGGACAUGACCUCUAAGAACAAAUGUUUGAGAGACCCAGUGUUUUACAGAUGUGUUACUAAUGUACCUCACCAUAGAACUGGAGAUAAGUACAAGGCAUAUCCAACUUACGAGUUUGCAUGUCCGAUUGUUGACUCACUUCAGGGAGUUUCCCACUCCCUGAGAACAAACGAGUAUUCAGAUAGGAUACCGCUGUAUUACUGGGUUCUUGAGAAAUGUGAGCUUAGACAUGUGGAGGUUUACGAGUUCAGCAGGAUGAAUUUCGUUAGAACAACACUUUCAAAAAGAAAACUUAGGUGGUUUGUGGAAAACAAACUAGUCACAGGAUGGGAUGACCCAAGAAUGCCAACGGUCAAAGGAAUACUUAGAAGAGGUUUAUCGGUAAAAGCAUUGUUUGAAUUCAUUUUGGAUCAAGGACCAUCAAAAUCAGUCAAUUUGAUGGAGUGGGACAAAUUGUGGGCGAAGAAUAAACAGAUUAUAGACCCAGAAUCGCCUAGAUAUACAGCUGUUGUUUCAGACCACGUUGUCCUCAAAGUAGUCAAUUUCCAAGAACCAGCUGUUAAAACAAGGCCACUUCACCCCAAAAAUCCAGAACUCGGAGAAAUUGAACUGGUUUUCGGAGACCAAGUCAUGAUUGAAAGAGAAGAUUUCAACUUAAUUGACCAAUCGGAAGAAGUUACAUUAAUGAAAUGGGGAAAUGCAUUUGUAGAUAAGGCUAAUCUACAACUUAAAUUAAACCUACAAGGAGAUUUCAAGUUAACAAAGAAGAAAAUACAUUGGCUACCUGUGAAAACGACAAAGACAGCCGUUGACUGUGAUUUGGUUGAAUACGGACACUUGUUGAAGGUGGACAAAGUUGACUCAGAAAUUUUGGGGGAUGAUGAUAACAACAUGAAAGAAUUUUUGGAACCUCAAACUGAAUGGGUCACAAAAGCUCUGGGAGAAUGGGCUUUAUCUAACCUUAAAAAAGGAACGGUACUACAACUUGAGAGGAAGGGGUACUAUAUAGUUGACCAGCCACACGAUUCAGGAAGAUUAGUGUUAGUUCAAAUCCCGGACGGUAAAGCCGCAAAACCCAAACAAAAGAAAUGUUUCAACAUCACUUAA